AGAUCCCGGGACACUUGGCAGCCCCGCGAGCACAGAAGCCUGGUCUGCAGUUUACACCGGGCUGGAUUGUGCAACGAGCAGGAGGAGUCGCCGAAGACAUUAGCAAGCCAUAAACAAAGGCACGUGUCUCCCCCCUGAUCUAGGGGCCGGGCUAGCGCUGCUCUUCCGGCAACAAAGCGCCUUGGGAUAAAUACAGCCGCGGCCGCUGCGGGGACACGGAUCCUGAUCGGAGCCACGGUGGUACAACUCCCUCCCCCCCUUCCCGCUCCCAGCCGUGCAGCUCGGCACCCUCCCCGGCGUACCCCUUCCAGACUCCCUUGGGGACCGGAGAGGUUCCCUGGCAGAGCGCUCAGCCUCCCCGCGCCCCCCGGUGUAGAGCGAUGCCUUUUCUGGGGCAGGACUGGAGGUCCCCGGGGCAGAACUGGGUGAAGACGGCGGAUGGCUGGACCCGGUUCCUGGACGAGAAAAACAGCAGCUACGUGAGCGAUAGACACAGCUAUUGCAAAAAGGAGGAUUACAACAAGGAGAAUCUCUUCAACAGCGUGAACUAUGAUGUUGCUGCCAAGAAGAGAAAGAAAGACCUGCUGAAUAACAAGACAAAGAUUCAGUAUUUCCAUCAAGAGAAAUGGAUUUAUGUCCACAAGGGAAGCACAAAGGAACGUCAUGGUUACUGCACCUUGGGAGAAGCUUUUAACAGACUUGACUUCUCGAAUGCUAUCCUAGAUUCCAGAAGGUUCAAUUAUGUUGUAAGGCUGUUGGAGCUGAUAGCAAAGUCUCAGCUAACAUCUCUGAGUGGAAUCGCCCAGAAAAACUUCAUGAACAUUUUGGAAAAAGUGGUGCAGAAAGUCCUUGAAGAUCAGCAGAACAUCAGGCUAAUAAGGGAAUUGCUGCAGACUCUCUACACGUCACUAUGCACCCUGGUGCAAAGUGUUGGCAAGUCUGUUCUGGUUGGAAAUAUCAACAUGUGGGUACACAGAAUGGAGACUAUUCUUCACUGGCAACAGCAACUGAACAGCAUCCAAAUCACAAGACCUGCCUUUAAAGGAAUGACCUUUACAGACCUGCCAUUGUGUCUACAAUUAAACAUCAUGCAGCGGCUAACUGAUGGGAGAGAUCUUGUCAGCCUUGGGCAAGUGGCCCCUGAACUGCAUGUGCUCAGUGAGGACCGGCUGCUGUGGAAAAAGCUCUGCCAGUACCAUUUCACGGACCGACAGAUUCGUAAACGGGUAAUCUUAUCUGAGAAGGGGUUGCUGGACUGGAAGAAGAUGUACUUUAAACUUGUAAGAUGUUAUCCAAGGAAAGAGCAGUAUGGAGACACACUGCAACUCUGCAGACAUUGCCACAUCCUCUCCUGGAAGGGUACUGAUCAUCCUUGCACAGCUAACAAUCCAGAGAGCUGCUCCACUUCUCUUUCACCCCAAGACUUUAUCAACUUGUUCAGAUUCUGAACCCUGGCUCUUCACAGCAUUUCAUUCUUACAAGACAUUUUAUAGCACUCAGCUUGGACACUGGACUUGUAAAUAGUGUAAAUGUGAUGUAUGUUUGAAACUCCUGAGUCAAGCGAACAAGAGGAUCUUAGAGACAAAAGGUGAAGUUGCUCGCUGACGUUUGAUGUUUAAGAAAUACAUGGACUUCUAACAAGAUUGGUGUGUACAGGCAAUGUUGUAAAAAGUCACCUUUUUAUUAUAAGAGUACAAGAUACAGGACAGACAUUUAUUUCUGUUUAGAAGUUAAAAUGGAAUUUGCCCCAUGCCCAUUUCAAAACUUUAUAUAUAUUUUCAAUUUCUAAUAAAUGAAAAGAAAGCAGUUUCCAAAUAGGACUGAAACUGCUCCAUCUGGUUUUAUUUACAAUAGAUAUUUAUAAAUAUGAUGUUUCAGUGAUAAUAUUUGUGGAAAAAAAUCCCUGCAAGGAGUUUUAGUAACACUUGUAUGUAGAAAGAAUUGGGUGCAUUCAGAAAUAUGCGUAACAUCUAGGAUUUGAUCCUACUUAAAAUGAAAAUAACACACCAUGCCAUUUUCUACCUCGAACAAGUAGAGUACCUUUGAAACAAUAAUCCAUUAUGCAAUGUGAACUAUUAUACUUUGUACAACAAUUUAAAGGGAAAUGAUUAUGACCGUAAGCCAACUUUUUAUGUUAAUGCUUACUUUUUAAAUUUGUUUUCUUGCUGUACUCAGUGCUUGAAUGCCCAGAUGAUGAGUACAUUAGAAAUACCUAAGAUUUUACUCUAUUCUCUUUUAAUUUUGUGGUCUUAUUAAAGGAAGCAAAAAAAGGAUUUGCAUUUAAGGAGGAUUCAUGAUGUUGGAAUCAUAAGGUGCUAGAUCUAACCUCUCAGUGUGAAUUCAUAAUUCCACUGAUUUCAGUGGAAUUACUCUGAGUUUAUACCUAUCUGAGAUCAGAUCUGGUUCACUGGGUUUGACUCCUCUGUCCCAUUGUAACUCCACUGAAAUAAAGUCAAAACGGAUGUAAUUGAGAGGAGACUCAGUCCCAUAGGACCAGGUUCCUGAUAAAUCUAAAUAGGUAAAGCUCCACUGACAUCAGUGGAGCUGUGCUAGUCUACAUUCACUGAGGAUCCAGCUCAUAGUAUUUAUCUUACAUACUAUUUAUUUGUAACUGCUGUAAGAAACAGGAAAAGUAGUGAGGAAAGCUAGAGACCUAGUGUAGUAAGGGUACACUCGGUCCUAAGGGUAAACAGGAUUUCUAAUCACUUAUCACCUGACAUCCCUGAUCAUUUCUAUGUAUCAUAACACAUCUCUCUGCUCAUGCCAGAUUAAUUCUCACUGUACCUCUGUUAGCACUUACAAAUCUUGGUCCCACUGAAAUUAAUGGCCAGACUUCUGUUGAUUUCAGCAUGACCUAGAUCUGGCUCUCAAUCUCCUUUUAUUAUGCAUAACUCAUGUAUUUGGCAAACUUGAUCUGGCUGAUUCCAGUCCAUGUGUAAAAGUUUGGAAAGACCACAUAGGAAAAAUCCUAUAGCAGAGUUCAAAUACAGCACUUUUCCAACACUGUACGCAGACUGCGUAAGCAAGGUGCCUAAGAAAGAAGCAUUAGAAGGUUGUAUGGUAUGUACAAGAGUGUGAGGAAGAGAAAUACUCAGGACAAAUUAGGAAGAACUACUUGAGUUUAAUUAUUAAAUAUUCUGUUCCUUUUUUUUACAGUUUUUAUAACUGAUUAAUAAUUUUCUGCAACUGUUUAUAUAUAUAUUUGCUACAGUAUUGCAUGUUUGCAAACUAAAUCUUUUCCAUGUUCUUGGAGUAAUUGUUUGGGGGGGGUGGGGAAGUGAGAGAAUCAGUGUUUGGGGCUGGAGAUUGCAGCUCUGGUGACGAGACAUCCAGGAGAAUGUUUUGACGGUAACUGCCUUUUGUUGCUUUCCAAAGGCAGAAAGUUUGGUUCUUCCAGAAAUCUCUUUCAGAGUCAGGGCAAGAGUCAGUCCCAGGAGAAAUUGUUUUGCAUCACGUGGAGAAGGGGAUAGAAUGGUUGUCUCCUGCCAUCCACUCUCACCUAAAACACUGGUGAAAACAGUGAAUUUUUAUCUCGGGGUGUGGGAGAGGAAGGGAUGUUCAUGUGAGUGGAAGGUGACUCAGAGCUCCUUAACCUGGAGAAAUGAAAUUGUAGUCGUGGGUGUUAGUGUCAUUAAGUAAGUGAGGCCAGUUUCUAUUCUCAUUCACACCCAUGCUGCCUUGUUGAUGUCAGUGAGGUUGUGUGGGACUGAAAUUCUCUUGGCAAAAAAAGAGUGUUAAGGGCAGUAAUCUGAAAGUGACUGAAGUGGUGAUGUUGUUUGUGGAGAUCCAUAUUAUUCCUUUCUCCAGCAGUUAAAAGUACCCUUAUAACUUGUGUCUUCUGGAGGUUGAUUUUUUUUCACCUUCCUCCUUCAGUUGCCCCAUCUACUUCCAGUGAACUACCCAAAAUAGAAGUGAUUUGGAAGGCCAAAUUCAACAUACUAGCAAUUGAUGUUUCAACCUGUAAAACACUUAUUUUAGAUUGUAUUUAUCGAAACAAGUUCCUCCUUGGUGUAACCAACAUCAAGUGAAUUUAAACUCCAGGACUGAUUCUGGCCCACCAUGUUUAUCAUUCCAUACAUAAUAGACUGAUGCAGUCUGAGCACAGGGUUCUUGAGUUAGGAAUUCAAGAUUUCUAGUCCUGGCUGUGCAAUCAUUUCUUUUUGUGAUUUUGGGCAAAACUCUCUGCCUCCACUUCCAGUCUAUAAGAUGGGGAUAAUAACUUAUUGAGGUGCCCCGCUAUAAGGAUCAUUUAGCUAUCGUUCUGAUAAAGCAGUUGAAGUUAAAGAGCAGGUUCUGAUCUGAAAGCACUACAUGAGCCUUAUGUGAAACUUUUGUCUACAUGUUGAUGCUUUCGGAUUGUGUUGUUUGGGAGAAAAUAUUGUGUGGUUACCUCAUGUUGUAGGCUCUCUGCAGCAGAGAUCUACAGCAUGAAAUCAAAUGUAAUGCAAGCUAUUAAGGAACAUAACUUAAGUGAGUCUCCUAGAGAAAUAAAUAGAACUUGUCUCAUAGUUACAGUGACGAUAUUUUCCGAACCAAAAAUUGGGACACAUGAUCUGACAAACGAUUUUUUUUUUCUAAUUUAUUAAUUUAUUUAUAUGAAAAGUCUUACAAAAGUAUAAAAAUUAAAUCACAGUACUGUGAGUGAGCAGACUAGGAGUGAGGGGUCUUAGUGGAUGCGCUGAGAGAGUGGGCUGGGCGUGCAGGAUCUUGGAACGACGGUGAGUGGACUGAGGGUGUGGGGUGUUGACAGGAAGUGAGUGAACAGGCUGGGGGCGCGGGGUCUGGGCAUGAUGAGAAGGAGGGCCACUUACUUGCUUUUGUGUGGCUCCCAACACCAUGCCCCAGGCAUCGCCUCCCGCUGUUCCUAUUGACCGGAUUCUGAAGCAGUGGGAAAAAUCUCUAGGAAGUUCGUCUCUGUGCGGCUAUUCCCCCAGCCACUUCUUCUCCACAAGCCAGAUCUGGCAGGCAAUCUUGGGGCUCUCUCAGACACACACACACACACAUGCACCACUGAAAUAUUUGCCAAAAUGUUGGAAUUUCUGGAACAUUUUGAUGGUUUAUGGGGACAACAGGACUGAAUAUUUGAAAUUGGGACUGGCUCGGAAAAUCCGGGACUUAUGGUCGGCUUACUCAUAGUGUAAUCUUACUGCUGUAGUGUUUCUGAUAUCCAUCUCCCCAUGAGUCUUUCCUAGGGUUUGUUUCCACUGCCGGGUGGAUCGAUGUUGUGGCAAUCCAUUCACCAGGGGUCAAUUUAGCAAAGACCUGUUAAAUCAACCAUCAAACAUACUCCACCGGAACAAGAUGCACAAGCCAAUGAGAGUUGUUGUGUUACUCACAUAGUUUGAGCUGCCUAAUCUGGUUGGCAUUAGCCCAAAGUGUAGAACUUCUGCUAGUCCCAAAAUGGUUGGUUACCAUCAAAUACUGUAGUGAGUCAAAUAAUACCUUUUUCAAAACCACUGUUUGCACCCAGAUAUCUUAGCCUGACCACUUACAAAGGCACCAGUCUUAUUCAAGUAGCUUAUUUGCAGUGCCCGUACGUCUGCAUGACUUGGGCUGGUAGGAUAAUGAGUAAGAAUGAGUCUGAGGCAGGAAGGUGCAAAGCAACUCAGGCAUAAAAGGCACCUCUUUAACUUUGCCAGAAUUACCCUGAAAAUAUUGUAGAGUUGAAAACAGGCUUUCUGUGUUUGGACAUUUAUAUCAUUGAUGAUCUUUCUAAACAGCAUUUCAUCUUGGUGAGUUAGUGGUAUGGUUCCCAUUAGGAAUUCAACACUAUGAAAUUGUGCUCUGCCUUUGUCAUCGUAAAAGCAAAGUAAUCCCAUUGACACCCAUGGAAUUGCUCUGAAUUUACCAGUGCAGCAGAGCUGAAUUCAGCUCAAUACAUAUACAGGUUGGACCUUCCUGGUCCGGAACCCUUGGGCCCUGACUGGUGCCAGAUGAGGAAUUUUGCCAGACCAGGGGAGGUCAUUUCUGGCCCCCCAAACGUGGCCUAGCUCGAGCCUGCCACUGGCCCCACUGGGCUUCUCGGCCCCACUGGACAGCCCAUUUGUGGCAUACCAGACUUCCCAGCCCUGCAGAGUAGCUCGCUGCUGGCAGUCCAUUGCUCUGCUGGCCUCAGGGUUCUCAGCUGCCAGUCUUCCACAAGGACUCUCUGGUCACGGAACAUCCAUCCCAGAGCCAGGAGUCCCAGUUUAGAGAGGUUCAAACUGUGUUUUAACACCACUUCUUAGAGGGGUGAGGGCAUGGGAAGGAAGAGAGGAGAAUUUUGCACUUCAGUUUCCUGGAGAGGUUAGUAUUUGAGUUUAUUUUAAUGGGGCGGUCACUUCAAGAGGCUAAACUUCUGUUGUAUAUAAGCUGAGCAAUUUAUGCUAACGAUGGUUUGGUAUUUUAAUGUUUGAUUAUAAAAUGUGUGCCCCUCAUCUUAUCUUGUUUUUUUUUUAAUUGUGUUACAACUUGUGUUUUGUAAAAUCACUAGGAAAACUUGCUAUCAGAUAUGCUUCAUAUGUAAAUGUUUAAUUGCACCAUACCACGUUCUGUCACAGGGAAUAUUGCUAUCCUCCUUUUGAACUCCUUUGGUGACUAUUGUUUGUGUUCCCAUUUCUGUUUUGGCAUUAAUUACCCUUGCACAACCAACUCCUAGAACAUAUGCAGGUAGUAAAUUAGCUUUUUCUGCCCAGCCAAUUCUUUGGCCCUUAAUAGCUACAACUGAAAUAAACCAGUAACAUUUUAAAUACUGUAGAGUACCUAAUAACUCUUGAAUGACAAGUCAUGCUUAAUCCUUCUGAUUGCUACAAUAAACUGUCAUGGACUUUUGAGAGCAAGGGGGCUCUUAGUAACCUGUUGCACAGCUUCUUUUCACAGAGCAGCACCUUGCUAAAUAAUAGCUUUAAAUUAAAAUGCUAGUCUUUUUUGCUGGCAAACACAUACACCCUAUGCAUAUGAUAGGUAAUCCAUGUGUAAUGGCUCUUAUAAAGACCCCUUCUUCUGAGCUGACUGGUCCUCUCAUUCCUUUGGGAAGCUCCUAAAAGAAACCUAAUUUGAAAUGUACUCAGUGCCUCUUGAGGACUCCCCACUCCCAUUGACUUGGUUGGUAGUGGAUGAUGUUGUGGAUCAUUCAGCUCUCUGACGGUCUGGUCCGCAGGAUAGUAAAUCUUUUCUCUUCUGACAGUCUUUAUUAAUAGCUAAAAGUAACAGCGGUUCUAGCACACCAUGUAGCAGCCACUGCACUUUCACCUGUGUGAACCCAUCAAUUUCUCUGAAGAUAAAGUGUGGCUCUUUUUGGCCAUCACUUGCUGCCUAUAGUGCUGCUCCAGAGUUAACAUUGUAAUUAGAAUUUGCAAAUGUACUAAUGUUUUAGAGGGCUAAUCUACAGUAAUAAUGAAUAUUGGCUUAUAGGUGGAAAGGAAGCUUGUUUUUCCUUUUUUAAACAAAGUGGUAAUUAGAUAAGGUAUGAAGUGAAAAGCAUACCUUGUGUAUUAAGACUCAUAUUUAAUACUCUUGUGUGAUUAAAAUCUUUCCAUAUAAAUUAUUUGCACACAUUUUUUUCUUUGCAUGUUCAACUCUGAUUUUUACAGCGGUUUGGUACAAACAGUGAUGUAUUUUUGUAAAAUGUCUUUGACACUGAAUUGCAAUAAAUGUUCAGACAAUGUGAA